GUUCCAGCCGCCUCCCAUCCCCGCCUUCCUGUUCUGUUCCACCCCUCCUCCACGGUUCCCUCCGGCCUCCCAUCCCCGCCUCCCACCGGCACCGGCGCCGCUGCCUCUCCCACCGGCGCCUCCCUCCCUUUCUCCAGUCCGACAGUCCCAGCUGCAGCAGUACAGCUCGUCCCAGGCUCCCAGCAGCAGCAGCGCUCGUCCGGUCGUCCCCUUGCACCAGCGCCUUCUCCGCCUUGUUUCUCCCUACGCCUUAGCCGCCUCAUCGGUCGUCCCUGUUGCAGCCACCCUCCCUUUGAAAAACCCUUACCCUGCCGUUGCUGCUUUCAGUAGUUCUUGCAGCCAUUGGAGCUCUCUAAAUCCGACCACGAGGGGUGAAGCUUUGAACGAAUUACAUUUUGGACCCCUAACUGAAGUGGUGGAAAUCUUUUACAUGGGAGCGCCUUACAUGGAUGAACUAAGUUUCACUGAUUCUGAGCUAGAUCAUCAUGUUAGGAAUGCCCUCAAAGCUGCUAUUCAGGGCGACUGCAACUUUUAUAACCAGCUUGUGGCAGUGAUACACCAUAAAGAACGUCUUGUUACUGAAGAGGUGGCCCUUCUUGUGACAUGUUUAAAAGCUGUGACGGGAGCAGUCUCAUGUGUACACAUUGUUCAUCAUCGGUCUCUACUUGCUGCUAUACUAGGGAUGAGCUUGUGGGAUUAUGGAACAGAUGUGAUGGAUGCAUUGAUUGAAUUGCUUAUUGCCUUGGCUUCAUCAAAUGGUGAUUAUGUUGAUUUAUGCCUGGAGAUGCUUGUAAUGAAUUUCAUGCCUCCACCUGCUGCUUCUUACUUUGUUGAAUUACUGAAGCAACCUCGGGGUCUUGCUAAAAAGAUUCAAGUUCUUGAUCGUGUCCAUUCAACCUUGAAAGAUAUUUCAAAUCUAGUUCCUCUUACGCCGCUCAGACUAGAGAAGAUAGUGAGGGAUAGAAUGCCCCCCAUAUACGCUAAAGAACCUUUCAUUGUGAUGUAUGCGGAGAAUAUAUUGAGAUUGGAGAGUGGUACGAUGGGUGAACUUGUUGGUAGCACUGGCUUGGUCGCAUUAAUGGACAAACUAAUAGAGUUGGAUGUGGAAAUUUCUUGGGAGGAUAUUUUGCAGGAUGAUUUCCAUAAGGGUAUGUUCGAUAUAGAACUAGAAGACCUUGAGAGCCCUGCAGAUCCUAUCGAGCAAGAUGGUGAUGAGCUUACUAGGGAUGUUUUAAUCGAAAGGUUUCUUAGUACAAACUUGAGUGCUCAAAAGUUAGACAGUCUGAUGGUGCUUACAUUUGAAUACCUUAAAUCUUGUUAUGAGAGUGGUCGUCUGGUUCAGGUGUUUGAGACCCUCCUCCAAUCAUUUCAGAAAACAACUUUGACUGCUUACAAAUCAAAAUUUGCUCAGUUUGUCAUGUUCUAUGCUGGCUCGCUGGAUCCUGAAAAUUGUGGAAAGAUGUUUGCCAAUGCUCUUAUAGAUAUCUAUGUGAGUGGCGUCAAUCCUGAAUGGAGAAUGAGCGCUGUAGCGUACCUUGCAAGUUAUCUGGCUCGUGCCAAAUUUAUUCCCGUCUCAUUUGUUGCUGCGAUGCUGGAAAGAGUGGUGUGCUGCUGUUUCCUUUAUUGCAAAAACCAGGAUGGUGACAUUAAUCCAAAAGCUCAUAAACUAUUUUAUGCUGGUUGUCAGGCUAUAAUGUAUGUGCUUUGUUUUCGUAUGAAACAAAUGCUUGCUAUUCCUCGGCUGAAGUCCCAACUACUGCUCAUGCGCAUCGACGAUAUCCUUGGGCAUCCUUUAAGACCACUGCAGAUAUGCCUGCCAUCAAUAGUAGAAGAAUUUCUACGGCUGGUCAAAGCAAGUCGCAUAUUUUCUCUGCCCGAAACACUUGUCGAACAUGGACUCCUGGAAUCGCAGCAUUCUAUGGUAUUUGGUGGGUUAGAAAGAUUAGACAUGUUUUUCCCAUUUGAUCCUUGCCUGUUAAGGAAAUGUGACAGCUACAUCCGGCCAAAUUAUGUGUACUGGUCAAUGGUGAGAAGCACUUAUGAUGAAGACGAUGACGAAGAAGGCACGAGUGAUGAAGAUGUUGCAGAUGCCUAUGAGUGUGGAAACGGGAUGAGUAUUCCAAGUGACAGGAGUCACGAUGAGGGAGAGUCCGAUGCUGAUGAGUUUGACUGUUCUCUGGAUAAAAUGUCCAUUACACCUAGGGACUUGAGUCACAAAUUCGGGGGCAGAAUGCAGAGAUUCACGCAGAUGCCCUCCAAGAUCAGACCUUCAACGAGUCCCGAGUCAUUGUGAUUCUUGUUCUGAAAGAACACCAUAAUGUUAAGUGUAAUAGUAUUAGGAAGAGAUGUAUACGAGAUACAGCAAUGGUGCUUUGCAGAGUAAGAAACUGAAUGUAGGGCAAUUUUGACAAUCUUUGUUUUUGAUUUGUAAACAUUCUAACACUCAGCUGAAGCUUGAGGUAAAAGAAUUUGUGCACAUCUUCAAGUGUUAAA